AUGUCAGCGCGCGUGCGCGUGGCCGCUGCCUCGGCACGCACGCUGGCUGUGGUGAGUAGGAUGUCAGCGCGCGUGCGCGUGGCCGCCGCCUCGGCACGCACGCUGGCUGUGGUGAGUAGGAUGUCAGCGCGCGUGCGCGUGGCCGCCGCCUCGGCACGCACGCUGGCUGUGGUGAGUAGGAUGUCAGCGCGCGUGCGCGUGGCCGCCGCCUCGGCAUGCACGCUGGCUGUGGUGAGUAGGAUGUCAGCGCGUGUGCGCGUGGCCGCCGCCUCGGCAUGCACGCUGGCUGUGGUGAGUAGGAUGUCAGCGCGCGUGCGCGUGGCCGCUGCCUCGGCACGCACGCUGGCUGUGGUGAGUAGGAUGUCAGCGCGCGUGCGCGUGGCCGCUGCCUCGGCACGCACGCUGGCUGUGGUGAGUAGGAUGUCAGCGCGCGUGCGCGUGGCCGCCGCCUCGGCACGCACGCUGGCUGUGGUGAGUAGGAUGUCAGCGCGCGUGCGCGUGGCCGCCGCCUCGGCAUGCACGCUGGCUGUGGUGAGUAGGAUGUCAGCGCGUGUGCGCGUGGCCGCCGCCUCGGCAUGCACGCUGGCUGUGGUGAGUAGGAUGUCAGCGCGCGUGCGCGUGGCCGCCGCCUCGGCACGCACGCUGGCUGUGGUGAGUAGGAUGUCAGCGCGCGUGCGCGUGGCCGCUGCCUCGGCACGCACGCUGGCUGUGGUGAGUAGGAUGUCAGCGCGCGUGCGCGUGGCCGCCGUCUCGGCACGCACGCUGGCUGUGGUGAGUAGGAUGUCAGCGCGCGUGCGCGUAGCCGCUGCCUCGGCACGCACGCUGGCUGUGGUGAGUGGAUGUCAGCGCGCGUGCGCGUGGCCGCUGCCUCGGCACGCACGCUGGCUGUGGUGA